CCUCUUCCCGCUUACAAAUUCUAUCGCUGAACCCUGCUUUCUAUCUACUCUUUCCCUCCCAAAAACAGAUACACACACAAACAAAAAAGAUUUUUUCCUACCAAAGCUUGAAACUUUCGAUAAAUUCAGUGGAAACCCAUUUGACAGAAAUGGAUUUCACGCCAAGAACCGGAGAAAUAGUAGGAGGAGGAGAAUCAGAAGAAGAGCAUAUCGAUCUUCCUCCUGGUUUCAGGUUUCAUCCUACCGAUGAAGAACUCAUCACUCAGUACUUGAGACCGAAGGUUCUCAAUACCUUCUUCUCCGCAACGGCCAUUGGUGAAGCAGAUCUCAACAAGGUCGAGCCUUGGGACUUGCCCUGGAGGGCUAAGAUGGGGGAGAAGGAGUGGUACUUCUUCUGUUUAAGAGACCGGAAAUACCCGACCGGUUUGAGAACGAACCGGGCCACCGAAGCCGGUUACUGGAAGGCCACCGGCAAAGACAAAGAGAUCUUUAAAGGCAAAUCGCUCGUUGGUAUGAAGAAAACUCUGGUUUUCUACAAAGGCAGAGCACCUAAAGGUGAGAAAACCAAUUGGAUCAUGCACGAAUACCGCUUAGAAGGCAGAUACUCCAUCGGCAAUCUCUCCAAAACCACAAAGCAGAACGAAUGGGUGAUUUGUCGGGUUUUUCAGAAACGAGCCGAUGGAAAGAAGGUGCAUAUCUCCGGUUUAAUGGGAUUCAGUUCAUCGGCUAAUCCAUUCGGUUCAACCGGUUUGCCUCACGUGACCUGCUUCGCCGACCAAGCAACGGAGGACGACGACGAGAGACCGUCGUGCGAGUCGAAUGACGGAUUUACCCCUCCCUUAUCCGGUCCGACUUCGGCCUUUCAACGGGUUUCUUCCUUCUCAAGUCUUCCCCAGUUAAUACCGAACUACGGUUCCCAACUUUACGCUGAUUCGGUAUUGUUGCAAGACAGUCCAAUCUUGAAGAUGUUACUUCAUGGCCAAGUAACCGAUAAUAACCAAAUACCCGAGUUCUUGGAUCCAUCGGCAACCGAGUUGGUCCCAAGACCUUUGGAAAGUAUCGUUCAUCCCGGUUCACCCGGUUCGGCAGAACCGGGUUGCUAUUGGAAUUACUGAUUCCCUUAAAAAAAAACAAUUAGGGGUAUUUUAGGAAUUUAGUGAUUGUUUUGAGGUUUUGUGCUUUGUAAUUUGUCGUAGUCAUGUGCAUGAAUGUUGCGAGAUACACAUCAGAUUGAUGACAACUUGUAAAAUUUGUAAAAAAAGGUUUGGAAUUAAUUUGUAA